AUGAACUCCCAGGGGCAACAGCAAGUGAGGGGGCGAAGACGCUGUUCCCGAGCUGCCCUUCAAGCGGCAGCCUUGGGCGCCAGGCGCGAGCGGGAACGGGAACGGCGUGAAGAGCGUUAUGCGGGCAGCAAGUGGGGCGCAGCGCCCGCGGCGGCCGCCUUGCCUCCGCCGCCCACUCACUGGCGCCGCGAGGGCCGCUGUCGUCCCGAGCCCGACCGUGCGCUGCCGCUCAAACUUCUUCUCAACGUCAGCGUCUCGGCGUAG